AUGGGGCCCCCUACUGACCCCGGGCCCUCGGGCAGUGCCCGAGUUUCCAAAUGGUCAGUCCGCCCCUGCUGACGUCAUAUGACGUCCUCCCAUUCUCACCGCGCAUGGCACAUCAGUGCCACAUAUCAGUGCCUACCAGUGCACAUCAGUGCCACAUAUCAGUGCCCAUCUGAGCUGCCUUUCAGUGUCACCCAUCAGUGCCAGUCAGUGCCACCUAUCAAUGCCAAUCAGUGCCACCUAUCAGUGCUGCCAAUCAGUGCCACCUAUCAAUGCCAGUCAGUGCCACCUAUCAGUGCCCAGUGUCAGUGCCGCUAUCUAUCAGUGCCAGUCAGUGCUGCCUAUCAGUGCCAGUCAGUGCCUAUCAGUGCCAGUCAGUGCCGCCUAUCAGUGCCGCCUAUCAGUGCCAUGUAUCAGUGCUGCCUUUCAGUGCCCAUCAGUGAUGCCUGUCAAUGCCCAUCAGUGCCACCUACCAGUGCCUCCUCAUCAGUGCCCAUCAGUGCCACCUAUCAGUGUCCAUCAGUGCAGCCUAUCAGUGCCCACCACUGCAGCCUCAUUAGCGCAUAUCAGUGAAGGAGAAAAAUCACUUAUUUACAAAAUUGUAUAACAAAAACUAAGAAAAAACGUUUUUUGUUUCAAAAUUUUCAGUGGUUUUUGGUUUGUUUAAGAAAAAAAUAA